UCUCUCUGUGUGUGCGAAGCAGCAGGCCGCGGCGAUGGCAGUCUUUUUGCCGCUGUGUUCGUUUUAUUUUGUUUAAUAUUUGUACAGAUAUAUUUUUUCUUCAUUCGGUCAGCGACCGUCGUUCGUGUAGUAACGUAGUAGACCGUGUGUCCGUACGUAUCCGAGGUUUGCUUCCUAUAUUUGGAGGGCGCUGUGUGGAAAAAACGUACGAAAUCGUAGUCCGCCGAGUGCACAAGAGCGCAGUGUUUUUUCCCUCUCACGCGGCCGUCCGGCGCAUCCGGAAUUGCAUUAGUCCGUUCGCCCUCUCCGUGUGUCCUUGCCGCCGCAAGCUGAGUGAUAAACUUCGAAGGAUUCCACCGCCAGAUCCUAGCGGAAAGUGAACGUGCGGUGCAACACGUUAAUCAAGUGUCAAAGCGAAUGAUGCAGUGCGCAGAUCAAUCAAACAUCGUGACAUACUUGGAUUUCAUCACCGAAGUAGUUUACACAGCGCUGAGAAAGUGACAUAACUCGUUAGAAAGAGGUUAUUUUGAGUGAAUCAACAACGGUAUUUUGCCGAGUGGUGCUAAACGAAUUUCACUUUAAGUGCAGCCUCAGCGAUUGAUGAGCAACUUACUCCGCAGAUCAAACACAACACAUCGUCCUGGAUUAAAAAUAUACGCAUAUACAAUACGUGAAGUGAAUAACACAUGCACGGGCACAGUGGCAUAUGUAUUGUGAAUAGUAAACAGUGGUGUAAUCAAAGAUAGAUGGUUGAAUAACAAAUGAGCAGAAAAAUACAUAUGAAAGUGAUUGAUGGAAUGAGAUUCAAGUGAAUCAUUUGUGUAACAGUGCACUGCAGUCUGUAAAGAUACUUCCGCUACUGCGAAAAACUAUGCUACGAGUUAAACUCAUAAAAAGUGAAAUUACAGACGAAAGCCAACCCGUUGUUUAAUUGUUCUACAGCUCCACAUCUCCACCGUACGCCAUCGAUAGAGGGUUAACUGCCGGGUGUUGAACCAAUACACGCCCUCCCACUCGUUCCACUCGCAGCCGGUUCGGUAGGGUCAGUGCGCACAGUAGUGAGCGCCAGUAUCGGAAAGUGGUUCACGAAAACAGCUGAAAAUAAAGGAAAAUCAAAAUUAACCUAGAAUAAUAAAAGUGACGUGCAAAACACGACCGGUAACACGAGCCCGCUUAACGUGCGAGAAGAAAAAAAAAAGGCAAAGUGAGAAAAAAAAAAGUUUUCGAAACACAAGAAGAAAAAGGGAAAAAUUGCUUCUCUUCCUGGUUUUGUGCAACCGGGGAAAAAAAUAACGACAUCGCAGACGAGUGCAGCAACUCAUCUGAGUGUGGCUCCAUUGUGCGAGGCUGGCCUCUCCUCUCGCUCUCGCUAUUCCUCGAUCCGUGUGGUGACUUCAACGCCAGUGUUGAAAGUUAAUCGUGCAUAAAAAGAAAAUAAGUAAUUAUCCUUUUAAAUAAGAAAAUUGAGGCAACCGUGGAGAAGCGUACGGGAUAGAAAAGAAAGAUGCUCAUCCAAGUUGAAAAUUGGGAAACAGAGAAGAAGAAAAUAAUCGAUGUGCUACAAUUAUAAGUGAGAUAAUUCCGUUGUUUUCUUUCUCUUGUAUUUCCCUCCCCGGCUGCUUGGAUCCACCCGCGAUUUGUGUGUCGGUGGCACGCCAACAACAACAACAAACUACUAUUCGGCUUACCGCCAUAUCGUUUGGCUGCCGUAACCAACACCGGACGAUUUUUCCCUCUGUGCGCCGUUACUAUGGAGACUAGUUUUAACAGUGGAACCGGAGAAUUCGACGUAAAUAUGUUCGAUCAGUACAUUUACAAGCGCAACGAGUCGAAUCUCGACGUAUCACUUUCCGUCCCACACUACAACGGCCAGCAUGGACAGCACUACAACAUGAACGAUCACACCUUUCAUGCGCCAUCGUUUGGCGACGAGGAGUUUGACAUUCCUACAAUGAACUCACAUCUUCAUCCUCAACAGCAGCAGCAACAACAACAACAACAACAGCAGCAGCAACAACAACAUUCACAUCAAACGCAUCAGAUGGAACAGCACCAGUAUCAAAUGCACAAUAAUGGCCAACCACCACCCCAUAUGGGAAUGCUAAAUGACCAGCAACAACAGCCACAACAACAACAGCAACAGCAGCAACAACAACAACAACAACAGCAACAAUACAAUCAAUGGCACCAGGAAUCACAUUUAAAUCACCACAGUUCAUACCCAAUGCCGUCACCAAAUCAGCCCACAUAUCACCAACUGAAUAGCCCUAGUCCAAAUAAUCCGAACGCAACCUUGCACGUGAUGCAACCACCGCAGCAAUCGCCCCAAAUCCCACCGCAGAUGUCGCCGCAGCUGGGCUCCGGUGCGCCCGUCGGGUCAGGUCCCGGUGGCUAUAUGGGCAGGUCCCCCCCUCAACCAGGUGGUGGGGGCGGCGGCGGCGGAGGUCAUCAUCUGAACAAUAACGAACCGGGAACCACCAGCGAGGACAGCGACGACGCCAUUCCGGCUAACACGCUGAAAAGGCCGUCGCCGGAACCGGUGUACGAUGGGGAUUCGAACAAUUCGAAAACAUCUGCUGGGGCGUCGCUAGCGAAAAAACCAAAGGUAGCCAAAAAGAAGAAGAAACGGGAUCCCAACGAACCGCAAAAACCCGUAUCCGCGUAUGCACUGUUCUUCCGUGACACUCAAGCUGCCAUCAAGGGUCAAUCGCCGAAUGCGUCGUUCGGAGAAGUGUCCAAAAUCGUUGCAUCCAUGUGGGACGUGUUAGCGACGGAGCACAAAAACGUGUACAAGAAGAAAACCGAGGCUGCCAAAAAGGAAUACCUAAAAGCAUUAGCGGCAUACCGAGCGAGUUUAGUGUCCAAGGGUACGGAAGGAGAUCCACCCCAGCAGCAGCAGCAGCAGUCGUCCCAACAGCAGCAUCAGCCAAUGUACUCACCACCCCCACCGCCCCAGCAGCAUUCCGGCCAGCAGCAGAGUAACCAUCUGGUGAACCACUCGCAACCAUCGCCCCAGCAUGGCCAACCGGUUCCCCAGGUGAGCCCCCACAUGCCGAUGCCGGGCCAAGGAGGUCAGAUGCCGCCGCAGCCGAACAGCUAUCCACCGCCGUACGCCUCCCCGUACAAAUCGCCGCAGCAGACCAUGAUGCAAAUGCAACCGCAUCUUCAACAUCACAGUCAACCACCGAUGCAUCCGGGCCAAGCUCAACCUCAGCCGCCACCGCACCACAUGCAGAUGAACCCGAUGGCCACCGCCCAGCAGCAGCAGCAAAUUAUGGUCCAGCAGCAGCAGCAGCAGCAACAGCAGAUGGGAAUGCCACCGCAGCAACAGCAAAACCACCUUACCAAUGCAAACAUGAACGGAAUGAUGAAUAUGGGCAUGACCCCACCGCAAUCACACUACAUGAAUCAACAGUAUUCUUCGCACCUGACAGAUGUCACACAGUCAGCAACAAGGACAACAGCACCCUCAGGUUCCUGGCCACCCGAUGCAGCAGCAGCAACAGCCGGGUGGUCACAUGAGCCCCCACCAGGUUGCUCCUCCGCUAUCCGGCAGCCCACCGCAGCAGAACGCCACUCCCCAGCAAUGUAUCCGGCACGGAUGUCAGAACCUGGCGAUCGUCAGUUCCGACUGGGAGGAUGAGUACUGCAGUAACGAAUGCGUCAUCACACACUGCCGGGACGUCUUCGGCAACUGGGUUCAAACCAACAACUCGCAACAGCAAACCUACUCGGCUGUUAAAUAAGGAGUUGGCCAGGAUGGCAACCAACAAAAAUCGAAAGGGUGCAAUCGCAGGAGAGGCUCCCAUUCAAAGCGUAACUAUACAUAACUAUAAUCGAUUCGUAAUUAAUUGUUAUUACUAAAAACAAACAAAAUUACACACUUUUUACAAUGAUACAACUUUUAAACUAUAAGAAAUUAACACACUAUAGCAAAUAAGACGUCAACAAUAAAAUGAACAGAAUAUUCAUAUGAAUUGAAUUCAGCAGAACUAUUAUAGAACUAUAAUGAUUAAACGUAUAAACUAAAACGACACAGAAAAGACAGCCAAAAGUUGCAAUUACGUUUAGUGGAUUCAUUGAAAACAAAGGAGAACAAAACUCGUUAAGCAAUUUCUAAUCGUACGUCCCUUCUUGUUUUUGUUUCAUACAUUUAUAUAGAUGCAUACUUGUGUACAUAUUUUCAAACUAAUUUCUUCUCUUAAGAAGCAAAUACAAAAAAUACGGAAAGGAAAAAAAUGCAGAAACAUACCGUGAGGCUGUAUAUUGUUAUUCCUCUUCUUAAUUUAUCUCGAUGAACGUUGUUUUCGAUUAGUUUGUAAAAUAAAUUCAGAGUACGAUCACAAUAUAGGCAAAUAACUAUUGAAGUAAGUAGUUGUCGUUACUGAAAAUCAACAAAAUACAAUUACAUUUGUAGCAUAGAUAAAACACAUCCCCACAUUUUGAAGCCAAGCAAGAAGCAACACACAUUUACUAAACUGAAGAAAAAAAUCGACCGAGUGAACAGGUCACUUAUUAGACAAAAUUGGAACGUUAGGUGAACUGUCACCACUCUGUCGCCAGGGUGUUGUAUUAGAACGGACUACAAUACAAGAAGCAAUUGGCAAGUCUUGUUCGGAAUUUCAGUGCAAGCCAUCCUCAUUGUCAUCUCAUUCAUCGGAUAAAUCGUUGCAUUAACCACUUAUUUGGUCAAAGAGACAGGAAACCGAGAUCAAGCAGCAAAUCUCACUCAUUGGAUUAGUGUUCCAAGCGUCUGGCUCUUUUGCUGUGUGCUAGUAGCAACGAGCAGGCGAUGAGAACUAAACAAUGGUAAGGGCACUAGCAAGGAGAAUGAAACCAGCAGCAUACAUACUAAUAAAAUACUAUUUUGUAGAAAGUUAAAUAA